AGUAGUUUUUAGCAACCGGCGAAAUGACAAUCAACGGCAACGGUGGGCUGCAGUUGCAGGGUCGGUUAAGGAGCCUAACCCGUCGAUUUCGGUUCUCGCCAAGACGACGCCAGUACUGUGUUCUUACCUCAGCCGUGGUUGUGACGCUGCUGGCGCUUGGAGUGAUAGGAUACAUUCUGACCGGAAUGCACUACUGCUUCGAUGUGCUGGUGGAGUGGAAGAUUUCGAAAAUAUGCAAUCAGUAUUACAGCAACGAAAUUACAGGCUACAUGUGUCCGGAGUUGUGUGCCGGCGAUACAAUAUCGGAAUAUCACUGUCCACAGGUCAAACGGAAGACGGAGUAUCCGUUCAACUCGAACCGCUUUCUGGCCCGGAAAGCCCAGCAGUACCUCGUGGUAAAGCACGCAGUACCGGAUGCAAGCUACGAGAAGCUUUCCUGGGUGGAUAGCCACCGACAGGAGGAACACUACCCAACGGAAUCGGAGUACGUGGGUAUCGUACGGCGCUAUAUUGAGCUGCGGUACAACAUACAGCUACCGUUCGACAAGCUAAACAGCUUGCUGAAGCUGAAGAACAAAAACAAUCACAUUCUGUUUCACGCCAGUAUGCGCAAUAGCUGGAACUUGAUACAGAACAACGAGUACCUGCUGAGCCGGUUGUACGAGGAGAAGGAAAUAUUCCCGCAGGUGAUCGGUACGUGUGGAGAUCUGUUCAUCACGGAACUGCUGGAUACGGUGGAGUUCGACGAGCGGCGGUAUCACUUUACGAACCACAUCGAUCUGUCGAAGUGGCGGUACCAUCUGAAGGUGGCAGUGCUGAUACUGGACUAUCUCGAGGACAUGUCACAGAAUCGGUUCCAGAUGUGUUCGGUGUUGUUGGCUGGGUUUGGUAUAAGCGAUAGUCGCAUGAAGUAUCACGAUCUGCGGUACAUCAGUACGGAAGUUUCGAUUGAUCGGCGGCUUUCGGAUGGACGCUGGUGUACGACGGAUGAUGACUGCAGCUACCACGACUGUCGGAGCCGUUGCAACGCAACAAUUCACCAGUGUACGACGGGACUGUUGAACAACAAUCUGCAGAUAGUCUGCGAAAAGAUAUUCCGGGGUACUGCCGCUGAACCGGGUAUUUUGGUGACGGAGAAGAGUCCUAACCGGUUGCUGCGCAUUCUUGAACGGUGUGCCCGGCCGAUUAGUAGAUCGGACGUGGACACCAGCCGACCCUGGGGUGCAUCGAAGACACUCAAAAAGCAGCUGUACAACGAGCUGACCGGGAUCUAUGAGCAGCUUGCUUCGUCGAUCUACGCCUAA